CCCCCGCCACCCGGCGCCCCCACCGCCCGCCUCCUCUUCCUCACCGACCUGCACUGGGACCGCCACUACGUGCCAGGCAGCGAAGCCGCCUGCCCCGACCCGCUCUGCUGCCGUGGCACCGUCCGCCCUGGUCCUGGCGGCGCCGGCUUCUGGGGCGAGUACGGCAAGUGUGACUUGCCGCUGCACACCAUUGAGGCGCUGCUGGCCCAGCUCCCCAGCGCUGCCCCCUUUGCCGCUGCAUACUGGACAGGCGACAUCCCGGCACACGAUGUCUGGCAGCAGAGCCGACAGGACCAGCUGCUGGCCCUGCGCACCGUCACCGGGCUGCUGCGCCGGCACCUGGGCUCCCUGCCUGUCUACCCGGCCGUAGGCAACCAUGAGGCCACCCCCGUCAACGCCUUCCCCCCGCCAUACGUGCGGGGCAACCAGUCCUCCGCCUGGCUGUACGACGCCAUGGCCCAGGCCUGGCAGGACUGGCUGCCCCCCUCGGCGCUGGAGACGCUCCGGGCUGCUGGUUUCUACACGGUGCAGGUCUGGCCUGGGCUGCGCCUCGUCUCCCUCAACAUGAACUUCUGCUCCCAGGCCAACUUCUGGCUCCUCAUCAACUCCACCGACCCCGCGGGGCAGCUGCAGUGGCUGGUGGGGGUCCUGGCAGCUGCCGAGCAGGCAGGGGAGAAGGUGCACAUCAUUGGGCACAUCCCCCCGGCCCACUGCCUGCGCAGCUGGAGCUGGAAUUACUACCGCAUCGUCAGCAGGUUUGAGGGCACCAUCACAGCUCAGUUCUUUGGGCACACGCAUGUGGAUGAGUUUGAGAUGUUCUAUGAUGAGGAGACGCUGACGCGCCCUGUCUCCGUCGCCUUUGUGGCCCCCAGCGUCACCACCUACAUCAACCUCAACCCCGGCUACCGCGUGUAUGAGGUGGACGGCGCCUACCCCGGCAGCUCCCACGCCGUGCUGGACCACGAGACCUUCAUCCUCAACCUCACUGAGGCCAAUGCGCCGGGGGCAGAGCCGCACUGGCAGCGCCUCUACCGCGCCCGCGAGGCCUACGGGCUGCCCAGCGCCUUCCCGGCUGACUGGGACCGGCUCAUCCGCCGCUUCCAGGAUGACGAGCACCUCUUCCAGCGCUUCUGGUUCCAUUUCCACAAGGGCCACCCGCCCCGCGAGCCCUGCCUGGCCGCCUGCAAGGCAGCACUGCUCUGCGCCCUCCGCACCGGCCGCUCCGCCGACCCUGGCCUCUGCCAGCCCCUGCGCCCGGCGCUGCCCUUCCCGCACAUCCAGGCGCUCUGGCAGCAGCGACGGCUCUGCUGA